UGCAAAGGGCAUCUUGGGUAAAUAAUCACGAUACCAAAUUCGUGCCGAACAAGAUCAGCAAAAUGGCGACCAUUACUCUCAGGAAAUGUGCUCUUACCGCCGCCCGCAGAUGCUUGUUCAGCCAAAGUUCAAGAGCUAUGGCAGCUGGAGGAGGUAUCCCUGACAACUUUGAACAUGCCACAGGUUUGGAGAAGAAAGAACUUGAAAGGAUAAAGGCAGGAGAUGCAGAUCCGUUUCAGCUAAAUGUGAGGAGAGUGGCUGCUGGCACCAAAGAUAAACCAGUCGAGGUCACAUCGGCUUUCCAAAAGAGAAUAGUAGGCUGUAUCUGUGAAGAAGAGCAGACACACAUCAACUGGAUGUGGCUGUACACUGGCGAACCUCAGCGAUGUGAGUGUGGCCACUGGUUCAAGCUAACGGAAGUGGAAGGUAUAGCCGCCGCUGCCGCACAUUAACCCUCAUACCAACGGCAACACCAACAUUGAAUAAACCAGCCAGUACCCCCAUCCGUUGUUCAAACAUCCUCAUGGUAUAUAAAUCAAAACACUGAAGUUUUCUUCUAGAAACCAGAUCUUAUAAAUUGCCAUAAUCCAACAUGUUCGAUGUGAAUUACCACAACGGUUGGGGGUAUGCUUAAUUGUAAUAAUUAUAUAUAGCAAACAAGAUUUUAUUGAGAAAGAAAGAGUUUGUGGAUUUUUUUUUUGUGUUACUGUUGUGCGAUUCUACAAAUGUAGGCCCAUUUCGAUGAAUAAAAGGGGAAUUUGGAAAUUUGACUUGGGGUCAAAGUAAUCAUUUGCUGUGGUUGCAAACCAUUUCCAGUGUAUCAUAUUUAUUCAGCAUUGAUGAAGUAUGAAAAUUGGCAUUAAAAUGUACCAUAUGUUUUGUUGUAAAGCCUCGUCUGGUUGGGGUCGAUACAUGUAGUUCUACCGGAGUUCAAAGCAAACGAUUAGUGCUAUGAUCUAUAGUCCCACCAAAAGCAACGAGUGACUUUACUCAAUCGAGUUGUUGCAAUUUUUAUCAUUUUGUAAAGUAAUAAUCAAUUUAUCUCAUCCUUCCUCUCAAUCACACGUGUACAUCAGUAUCUGUUUCAUUAUUAACCACUAUCAUUUGGCAUAACUUUGCAGCUUUUAAAAAUCAACAUGAUGUUCUAUUUAUCAUAAUCAAAAUUUCGGGGUACAAGUUACAAUGAAAAGAUGCUAUUAGAAGUAAACCUUUGUCUUUGAUGUCAUAUUAAGCAGUCCUCUUUAAUGUACGGCUUACAUGUUUAUGUUACCUCAGAAACGAUACAAAUUAGAUUUGUUUUAUGUUUGGAGGAAGUAAUGAAUUCUAUGUGUGAAUGCUGAAAUGGAUUUGAUGAGGACUGCAUUGGGCAGGCAACGGUUUUGUUAAGCCUUGUAAUAUAUGUGGUUUAAUUAAACCUUGUUGAAAUGA